AGUUUUGGAUGGGGAUUCAUUCAGGGACACCUCAAAAUGACAAGUUUUGGUGUAAAUGUGCCGAAUCACCAAGACUUUUGCGGGGUCACUUUAUAUACAAGCAUAUCUCAAGAUCGCUAGGAUUGUGAAGAGCUUUUAGAGCCGCAAUAAAGGUUUCUUGUACCAUACUUGUAAUGUACGAGAGCGAUACAGGAUAUAUUGUAGACCUCGUAUGAUGGGGUAUGGGUACGAUACUCGAGUACAGGUACCUAUGAUAGCGGUGCCUGCACAUGAUCAAUGGUUGAGACGGUGGUGUUGGGACGGAGGAUGAAAAAUGCCCUGGAUUUGGGAUCUUCAUGAGGCUCCGGAGCAGGGGAGAUGGCACCACUCUUGGCACUUUUGCCGAAACCGUGACCGCGCAAGACAGGGCAGGGGAGCUCGUGACGACCCUUUACCGGUACCUCGAUUACGUCUGUUUGCGAUGGCACUUUAAUUCUUCGAUUUUUAAUUUAUUUGUGGGUAGCAAACAACUCGACACUCUCUUUUACCUUUUUCUGUUCUCCCUUCCAAAUCUUUCACAUCCAGUCCUUACCACCGCUCGUUUCUUGCCCUUCGCGGCUACCGUAUGCGCGUGUCCGCGUCACGUACCGGUAGCAUACGGUACUCCAGUUACGGUGGCCACCACUGUCCUCAACGCGUCCACCGUGGGCCCACACUGGCAACCGCGAAGUUGAAGUGGGAACGAAAGAGAUUCCACUCGCACACCUACACACCUCGCGCACACGAGGCGAGAAGCCAAAUCUCCGCCCCGUGUGGCUCUGGCUGAGGUUGUCACCUUGGUAAACAUGUCGUCCGCGGAUUACGUUGUAGGCGACAGUGCACCCCCGAGUGAUGGAGGGGAUCGACCGGGUCAGGAGGCAGAACAAGAACAAAAACCUCCAUGCCAACCGGAGCUCACAACUGUGAGGCCGGCAAUUCAUCCAUUUUUUGACAGCCAAAAACGUUGGUCCCAUUCCAGCAAUAAACAGUACAACCUUUACUGAUAAACUGUUUUCCCAGGCAAUGAGUUGAGACGUUUACCAUCAAAGGGAAAGAGAGGCCGUCCCAUAACUCCUGCGUCAAUCUCGGAUAACGAAGCCGAGGGUAAAUCCAAGAGGCCUCGAGCUCCUUCCGAUCCGAAGACCCAGAGAGCUGCGAAGACCCAGAGAGCUGCGAAGCCUCGAGAGGCAAAGCACCCGAAGAAGAAGAAGAAGAAGAAGAAGAAGACAAUUACCGAAGCCGGACCUUCCAGUACCUCGGGCGAUACGAAUACCGCCGCGCCUCCUCCGGGUUCCCCUUCCUCGUUGAUUACACCGGCCUCUUCGCCGGGACUACCGAAGGAUGCCGUCGGGGGCUAUGAAAUUGACCCCAACCUUGAUAGGAGGAAGAGAAGAAAGAAGACAUUAAAUCCUUUGGGGGGCGAUCAGGAUGAUACACCCGAGGGACUUCCCUCUGCUCCCCAAGAAAACUUGAGCUAUGCUCUCGGAAACCCUGAUGUCUAUUCUUCAUGGAAUGGACGUAUCCUGACAAUACGAGCCCCGGGUGAAAGACUGGCCAAGCUACCAUCCACAGCAGGAGAGGCGUCCCGGGAAUUGUCUUUUCCGGACCCUUCCAAUCUCCUACGAGAGCAGAGCAAAUCAGGAGGAGGGGGGGCGUCUGGCGUGGCUCCCCUACCUACAUCGGAUAACCAGACGCAAACAGGGCGGGGCGUGACCUAUAAUCUAGAUGCUGGCACUAUUGCUGCACCUAGUGACCCGUUUAUACCGCUAAACAGCCCUAUACCCAUACCAUCCUCGCCUCUUCCCGAGCUUAACCCCCCUUCUGUCGCCACCCGCAAACAUGACGAGGCUCCCCUAUCCGCUCUUGAGGAAGCUGUCCAAAGAAAUAAGGAGGUUACCUACGACUAUGAGACAGGGGCUUUGGUGAUUCGGAGCAGCCCGCUGAUCAUCCCGGAAAGCCCGGCCAUGUCGUCGGUUAAUGCAUUCAGUCUCAUGGGGAAGAAAAAGGACCCCCCUCCAUUAGAUCUAGAUUGUCCUGUUCUAGAAGCUCGAGCAAAGCCCACGCCGGCCGUCACAAUUUGUGACAUACCGAGAAAGGCUGCCGCUACCCUGGGCACAAAGCCCGUCCACCCUUUCUUCAGGCCUGGUGGAAUGAAGAAACUCGACAAUACUCCGACAGCUACAAUGCCGAUUACUAGCGCCACGAAUGCUAAUCCCGUAAAAACCGUUUCUCCCGGGUCGUCAGAUCAACCACAGAGAAGCCCCUGUUUCUUCAGUAAUAACCGGACACACUUGUCAUCUGUUAGGCCCGGUGUACCCGCUCCUAUGUCGCACCUUAACUCCGUGAAUAGCCAUUCCCUGCGGAAUGGUGGAGCCGUUGGCCCUCCUUGGCCCUCAAAGGAUAAUUGCCAUGUUCGUGGCCUUUCCAGAGAGGAGGCUGUUAUCCACAAGGUCGAGAGUGAGCCCGUCUUGAAGGAACGGAAAUUAAAAGAUGCUGCGGUUGUAGUCCCGCCAGAGGAAGAUAUACUUGGGUUGUAUGCAUCACACCUCGACAUUAAUGCUCAGGAAAGUGAUAUGCUGUCGGUAGAUUAUCAUGAGAGACGAUUCUAUGAGAUCCCCUGUGAUGUUAGACUCCCAAAACGGGUCGUUACGACUGGCAUAAAAUUCCAAGAGGCAAUUCGAGAGAGAGUUGUUGCAAGACUACCACAUCCGAAUAACAGUGCGGUAGAAGUUCCACGUUGUCGAGCAAACUCUAUAUCGAGCAUGAGUUCUGAUGGAUUGGGGAGGCGACCCCACCAAGUACUGCUGAAUCUUUACGAUAGGCUGGGUAGAGAACUUAGUGCUUUCGAUAAAGGCGAAUGCGAGAGCCAGGCCUGGGAGGCUAAGUAUGCACCAGCCUCGUCUAGUGAGGUACUGCAAAUCGGCAGGGAACCUCAGAUCUUGAAGGAUUGGCUGAUGGCCUUAAAGGUGGAGAGCGUGGGUGUUGGCUCUAAUAAUGCGAAGCAAGGUACAAAGGGGAAGAAAAAACACAAUUUGGGAGCAGCGGGGGGAAAAGCAGCUGCAAAAAGAAAGAAAAAGCGUAAGAAGGACGACGAUGACCUUGCUGGGUUCGUGGUUGAUAGCGAGGAAGAGCAGAAUGAGAUGGACGAGAUUACCGAUCCUGAGGACACAGAUUAUUCCACAAUUCCCGGCAUUAGGAAGUCCACCAUACGUGCUGGCGAUAAAGGGGCUGGUUCUCACUUUGAAGGUCUCAAAGAACCGGAUAGACUUGUGAACGCUGUGGUUAUAAGUGGCCCCAACGGGUGUGGAAAGACGUCAACCGUUUACGCAGUUGCAAAGGAAGUUGGUUUCACCGUCUUCGAAGUCUCUCCCGGAGCCAGGAGAAGUGGUAAAGAUAUUCUCGACCUUGUGGGGGAAAUGACUCGCAACCACCUUGUUCUUCAGGCCAAGACAGGUGCUCCAGCCAGCGCUACCUCAUUUUUGAAGAGCAAGACAGGGAAAAAAGCACGGGUUGAGGAAGAUCUCGGGCUCAAUAAGUCCCAGCAGCAGUCCCUCCUUCUUCUGGAGGAGGUUGAUAUAUUAUUUGACGAAGACAAGCAAUUCUGGUCCACCGUACUCUCGCUUAUCGCACAGUCGAAACGCCCGGUUGUGAUGACUUGUAAUGAUGAAGGCCUUCUACCAAUUGACCUUCUGUCGUUGCAUGCUGUCCUCAGGUUGACACCGCCGCCGAUGGACUUGAUUGUUGAUCACCUACUCCUGAUAUGUGCCAACGAAGGCCAUAUGCUUCGCAGGGAGGCAGUUGCGACACUGGUAAAAGCAACGGGCCGGGAUCUCAGGGCUAGCUUGAUGGAACUCGAGUUCUGGUGCAGAAUGGGGGUGGGAGAUCGGAAGGGAGGGUUGGACUGGAUCUUGGUACGGUGGCCCAAUGGAUCCGACCGUGAUGAGAACGGUGACGUUCUUAGGGUGAUUAGUAGAAACACUUAUCGCAAAGGCAUGGAUUGGAUCCAGAGAGGGGCCAGUGACGAGGAGAAAUGGAAUGGCAUAUGGGAAAAAUGGGGAGUUGAUGUCGGAUCCGGGGAAGACAAGGAACUGAAAGAUUUCUCUACUAGGCUUGGGAAGGGCCUACAAUUCUUGGAGAUAUGGGACGACUAUGCCGAGGCAAUGAGCUCUGUGGAUAUAUACACUAGCUUGGAGAUGGACAGCACUAGGGUAAGCUUUAUGCAUCGGCCCAACGAUAGCUAGAGUGGAGAUUACUGACCAUUAUGCUUAAGGCCGCGUUCGAUACCACACUCCCCCUAAUGGGUGCGAAGGUUCGUUUAGACGAUAUCAUAGGAUAUCAAACUCUGCAGGUGGAUCCCGUAGCCGCGCUUUGGUCAACAGAGACAGAUAUCUCGAUUUAUACGAGAUCGCUAGCAAGGGUGUGUCUUAAUGAUAAGGCAACUACCUUAUCCAUCCCUCCACUUAAUGUGGUUCGCGAUGAAGAAAUUAUCAGCAACGUCGCUGAUAGGAGAUGCAUCAGGGAUGAGUUCAGGUAUUUCCCAUUGCUUGGUGCAGUUAUAUAUAAUAUGCUUUCUGACGGCCCGGCUAUAGUCCCCUUUCAGAUAUCUACAUCCGAGAGACUUUCCAAUCGCUUGGAUCCACAUCUACUAUUUUUUCACCCACUCCCACCAUUUCGCACUCGGUGAUCACCGGACCCCGUGUGGCUUUAAUGACAGACGCGGCUCCAUACAUUAGAGGCAUCACCAGGUAUGGCCUGGCAAAAGAGGAGGAGAGGAAGAGAGCCAGCGGUUUACUCUCCCAAGGUGGUAGGAGUGGAAAAAAGCGCCUUACAAGGGCCGCCAGGGUUGCCGAGGAAGGGGGGGACAGACGUAGGCGGGAGAGGUGGUUUGGCCAAUUGAACGCUAGACUUGUUGAGGGGAGCGGAGGCGAUGGAUGGGGCGAUGCCGCAGUCACCCUGAGCCGAGAAACGUCCGAGUAUGGGGAGGACCACGGCCGUGCUAGCUAGCUAGAUUUUUGUGGGUUUUGCUAUCUAAUUUCAGAAGGGAAAGGAUGGGAUGGGUGGGCUGUGAUUUUUCUUCUUUUCUUCCUCUUCUUUUCAUUUUUUUUUUUUACCCUCUCUUGUAUGAUAGAUGAUUUACUCCUCAUGUGGCUAGAAGACUGUGGUUUGGGCGGCCGACGCUGUAUUAGAUGAUCUCAAUAGCAUGAGUGGGUGUUAACCAUGGCAAGGUUUGGUUCGCUGACGAUGGAGCGCUAGCAACAAUAUCCCCGUACAUUAUGGUGGUAAGUGCUUCUACAACGCCUUAUAAAGUUUUCCGACUUCUUCUACUCAGAUGUUAUCACUUGGCUUUUAAUAAAGCCUCUCUAUUUCCCCCUUUCUAUAGCUUACUCUGGGGCUGUAUGGUCACUAUGGCGACAUGUACGAUAGAGACUUCCCCUCAAUGAUACUAUACUCUGCGGAGGG